AUGCCCACCCGGUCCAAGUCGACCUUGACCGCCAACGCGCCAUACGACGCUGCCAAGCCAGACGACGAGGCGGUAGACGACGUGAUUGAGCAGGUUGAAGAUACGGGCAGUCUGGAGCGGGCUGCGCGAAAACUGGGGCUCUAUGCGAAAUUGGCGGGAUAUGUGAGGGCACAGGUGAAGAAGGCAGACGAGGAGUUUGCGGUGGAUGAUGACGAGGACGAGGACGAGGAGGAAGAUGGGGAAGGAGAAGACGUGGCGAUGGAGAUGAAGAACGGUGAUGGAGACAGGAGCGACGUGGAGGAGGUGAUCCACCUACAGGAGAUCGUUGGGGGUCUUUGGGUGGGGGACUUGGUCGCUGCCAUGGACUCUGAAGGGCUUGAUGCGCGGGGAAUAACCAACAUCGUCUCUCUCCUCCGACCCCGCCUUAGCUUCCCCCCUCAUUUCUCCGUCUUCGCUUUGGAGAUAGACGAUUCCCCAGAUACCGACAUCCUCUCCCACCUCCCCACCUGCGUCUCCUGGAUCGGCGAGGCACUUCGCAAACGGGAACGCGCCCUCUCUUCUCCAUCCUCCCCUAUCGACCCUUCCAUCGAAGAAGGUCCGCGCGAACCCCUUAUCCGCCAACUCUCCCCUACCCAGCCCGGCGGCGUUCUGAUCCACUGCCAAGCCGGCAUGAGUCGGUCCGCGACCGUCGCCUCCGCAUACCUCAUGACCGCCCUCUCCCUCCCUCCGUCCGAAGCGGUCGACAUGGUCCGUCUCUACCGGCCCGUCAUCGACCCGUCCGAGACGUUCCUGCACCAGCUCGGUCUCUUCCACUCUGGAGACGGAAAAGUCACGCUACGCGACCGGUCCACCCGUCAUUUCUACAUGGAACGUAACGCUACUUCGUUCAUGAAUGGCCAAACGUCCUCUCCGGCCGUCGACAAGAUGGCCAAGUACCCCGCUACGCCUACUCCCUCCGCGCCCGCUUCCCCGAUGGGCGGGCUCGGACGCCGGAAGAUCCGGUGCAGGACUUGCAGGCGGUUCUUGGCGGUCCGGGAACAUAUGAUGGACCAUAUCCUGGAUCAAGCGCCGGUCUCUCGGCCCAGGACACCGAGCAACUUUUCCCUUCCCGCCCCACUCCAGAUGCACCGCUUGUCCGACGCGGGCUCGCGAAGAGGGAGCGCCGUCUCGGACAUUGUCAACCCGCUCACUGGUCUACCUGGCGCGCGGAGCCGUCAACCCAGCAUGUCAUCGGACCGGCCCAAUCUCAAUUCCCCAUUCUCACCCCUGACCCCCAUCUCCCCAACCGACCCAAGCGAGAGCGGCAGCGUGCCCUUCCCCCGCGCUUCUACACCAGGGCUCACUCUCACCGCCCGCGCGCUCAUAUCUACCGGUACGGCCCAAUCACUCUCCGUCGAGUCGCCAGGCGAGAUGACACCUGCCCACCCGGGGGAUCAGCCACCUAUGGCCGCUCCUUCCAUGCCGAAUCGCCGCGCGGCGUCCUCUCGCCCCUUGCAGACGGCGGAGCAGCUCGCUUCUCGCCUUCCACCGCAUCUGCAGGCUCUGCGCUCGGGCUCGAGCUCGCCCGUCCCUAUCGCGGCAUCGCCCAUGUCCAACUCUCCCCCUUCUUCACCGGAGAAAGAGACUGCCCAUCCUGCAGUGAACGGCUCCGGCUCAGGCUCGGGCUCUGGUAUGCUGAGUAUGACGCCGACCGGAGAGCGUCGGGGAAGCGCCGCGAGUGUCGCAGGCGGGAUAGGCGGAUUCGGGGGGGAGUUGGCCAGUACGGGAACACCCAUCUUGGUGAACCCAAGGUGCUCUGGAUAUUUUGUCGAACCUUUGACGUGGAUGGAACCUGUUCUUCGGACCGGAAACAUCUCGGGGAAGCUUAUCUGCCCCAACGAGAAGUGCGGAGCCAAGAUUGGGAACUUUGAUUGGGCGGGUGUUCAGUGCGGGUGUAAGGAGUGGGUCACGCCGGGCUUCUGUAUCAGCCGGAGCAAGGUGGAUGAGGUGUGGUAA